AUGGAGUUAUUAGCUAACUCUUUGAUAUGGUUUUUGGUAUUUGCUUGCUCGGACUCUCGAAUCUGCCCUUGGCACAUCCUGGAUUUCCAACCAGGGUAGGCUUUUAUGGUCCGAAACAUAGCCAAUAUGGUCCUGCCCUAUGAUAAGACCAAAUAUUCAGCCAUUGAAUAUGCAGUCUUGCAUCUCAAGGUGGAGAAUAUUGUGGUUAUUGGACAUAGCUGCUGUGGAGGUAUCAAAGGGGUAAUGUCUAUCCCAGAGGAUGGGACCACUGGUAGUGAUUUCAUAGAAGAGAUGUGCACUGAAAAGACUAAGGUGAAGACAGAGCUGAGUUUCUCGGAGCAGUGUACCAUUUGUGAGAAGGAGGAUGUGAAUGAAUCUCUGGAAAACCGAUUCACAUAUCCAUUUGUGAGAGAGGCAGUGUCAAAGAAAAGCCUUGAGUUGAAGGGUGCACAUUAUGAUUUUGUUAAUGGAAACUUUGAUUUUUGGAAUCUCGACUUCAAGCUUACAUCCACUCUAGCUCUAUGA